AUGGCAAUCACUCGUUCAUCUUCAUCCCCUUCUCCAGUUCUCAAACAGAAAUCAAAAAUGGGCAAGAAAUCUUUGGCCAACAAAUCCAAGGGUAAACGCCCAAUCAUUGAUGAUUUUGAUUCUGAUUUUGAAGCUCCAAUGCCGAAGCGUGUGAGACCCCAUUCUUCGAAGAAAACGAAGCUGAACUUGGAGGAGCACACGCUUCCAGAAAUUUCUGGGAAAAAAUUUCAAAAAUCUAUUACACAUGCUGAAGAUCGGACUGAGGUUAUGUGUUUUGUUUUCGUUUUUGGUGUUUUCAAUCAGUCGUCGGUUUGGGACUGUAAAUUUAGUCCUUCUGAUUUUUACAGAUCUAAGUGUGUAUGCACCAGUGUUUAUUCUUGUUUUCUUCUUAGCAAUACUCCUGACAAAGAAGUGUCUAGGUUUGUUCUAGAUGUAGUUGAUAGCGGUCGGUGGGAUGAGUAUUGUUGGGGUAGGGAAUCAUUUGAAUUGACAAUUGACUCAUUCAAAGAGAGUUUCAUCUUCUAUUCCCGUGAUUCGAACCUGAGCAACACCAUCGUCACCAAAAAUCCAACCCUUCGAGACUUGAAGGGCAAGAUUUUUUAUUUACCUUUGGAGAAGUUGAAGAUAAAAAACAUGCGUCCUACUGAUGAAGAGAGGCAGCAGCUUCAACUUGACGGUCUAUUUAUCGAUGAAUCUAUUGAUGAACGUGGUGUAGCGAAGCAAUCCUUCGAGGGUGGGUCAUCUUCAAAGAAGUCUGAUUCAGCAGAUAUUGAUUGGAUGAAAUCUAAGCUGGAGAUGCUCAUUUCGAAUCAAUCAUCAUUGGCCGAGGACUUCAUUUCAUUGAGGUGCCAAGUUACCGUCGUUUCUUCUGCUGAUGUGAAUCCUUCUGAGGAUGUUGGAGGGAGUGAUAAAAAUGUUAAGGAUGUUGAGAAGCCGAAGGGCGAUGAGUCUCGAUUGAAGGGGGACGAUUUCUUUGAUGGGUUGAGCCAGCUUGUAAUAGAUGAUGAUCAAGUUGUGUUGGCUGGCUUGGAGGCUGUUGCUAAAAUCAAUGUCCCCGCACCCAAUCCAGAUGUUGUUGGUGGAAAGUCAGAUGCCCUUCAUACUGAUGAAGAAGCUGAGGAUACUGUCUCUGAUACACCUCUGUUGGAUAAGAGGAAGCGUGCUCCGGCCUUGAAAUCUCCAUUUGUUGAUUUCGGGUCUGCUGAUGUCGGGAGCACUCCAAUGGAGCUUAUGUCCUCAGGUUCCCAAUCAGCUGGGGAUGAUAGGGAUUUCAAAAUGGUGACUUAUGUGAAGGGCCUUUAUGCUCUUAAUGAUGCUUUUGCUGAUCCCGUAUCUACCGAGAUUGAGGCAAAAUUUGACUCUUGGAUUGGUGAAGGAUUGCUUAAACAUCCUAGGUCACUGUUUUUAUUAAAUCUGUUUUUGUAUUAUUUUUUUUUUCAGUUUUAUUCCUGUUUUAAUGCUAUUUUUUUGCUGUUUUUUUGUUGUUGUAGGCAUUAUAAUUGUUAUGAAGACGGCGCAAAGAAAUUUACCCCGAGUUUUAGGCUAGGUGUUGAUUAUGUUGAGGAUAAAACUUGGUUUUACCAUUUGGCCACAUGCGACAUGUUUAUGAACGACUCGCAUAUGAACACCAUAUUCUAUUACCUUCGGAAAAAAGGUAAGUAUUCUUCCGCUGUGACGUUGAAUUUCGCAACUACUGAUUGUCUUUUUGAUGAUUCCAUCCAAGCAUUGUACCACAAAUUUAACAAGGCCAAGUCAAUGAAGACUAAGAUGUCACACAUUCACGCUGCCCACCCAAUUGCGCAUUACAUCUGAGGUAUGCGCAUUCCCUGUUCCAAGCCUUGGUAUGAAGCCGAUCACGUGCUUUUCAUCAUCAAUUUAAGAAGGGAAAGUCAUUGGGUUUUUGGGCGUCUUGACGUGAACGAAGGGACGUUGUUUCUGUACAAU